UCCAGCCACGGGUGGCACACUGCCCACCACCAGCCAGAACCGCCCCCCUGCACAACGCUGUAGCAGAAGCAAACGUGCACAAGGUCGGCGUUCUCAGUCACCUGCUAGCGCGGCGACGCUAGGCCAAGUCCGCUAAGCUCUCCCGCACUGAGACAUCGGCUUGCCUGCUGCAGCAAGGUAGCUUUCCAGGUACGAACAGGCGUCCGCUAACGCUAUUCGGGAAUGUACUGUGCGUGCAGUACAGCGUGGUCUGGUGUUCUGCAGCAGCUGCACCAGCAGCAUCUACAGUGCCAUCCCAAAAGGAGCAGCGCCGCGUGAGGCUACCUUUCUUAGCGCAAUGCGACGUAUUCACUCGUGGCCACUGCAGACGCGAAUUAGGUUUUUUUUUCCCUAUUGGCUGAAGGAACGUGCAGACCUGUCUCUGUCGUAUUUGCCCAUUAGCUUUAAUACACAAGACGAGACGAGGCGUUUUGAUUCCGUCUCCCGCUUUGUCACAUUCUGCUCGUUCUCUUCCUUUUGAACCUUGUAUACGCAUGUGCGAGACUGUCUACAACGGUUUUGUCAUACAUUCUAGAUUGAAUUCUUGACGACCUGUAUCUCUAGUGAACUUUGAUUUUCUGCUGCAAGAACCCUCGACUGGACGCAUCAUGCUCAACACAAGGUUCACACGCUCGUGAAGCUCACCCUCGUCUUCCCUUCCGCCCCCCGUCCCCUCCAAAGGCGGCCAAUUCGCCAUGGCCUCUCAGCUCGCUUCUCGGAUCAAGUCUCGACUGUCGCUGCGCAGACGCUCUUCGCAUGGGCCGGUAAUAUCGACAGACAGCCACGACAGCGUGAGCACGGCGCCAAAAGCAGCAGCGGCAUCAACACCCGCAGCAUCAGCAGGCUGUUCCCCCGCCACGGCGAUGCCGGUCAUGGUGGUGCUGGAGGAGGCGCCCAAUACCAGCACCACAGCCAGCACGGAUAGCAUUGCGCACGCCCACGGCGACGGUGCAAAAAACAGAGGCAGCUGGUCCGAUGCUGCAACCACCUCGUCCUCGCAUAAUGGGCUUCCAGAUGCUGACGCGGAGGCAGUAGACGCUGGUGCACCGCCGAUUGGCCGCAAAGUGGUGUUGCUGGAUCUCACACAGCAAAGCGAGCAGCAGCAACAGCAGCAAGGGGACUCCCCUGUAACCCGCUCCAACAGCAACAACGUUAGCGUACCUGCACCAUCCCUCAGCGGCACCAACAGCACCUCUGACGCUCCCGCAAGCGACUGUCGGCUCCACCACAAACGGGCCAACAGCAGCUCCAGUUCCACCAACAGCACCGCCGUUGCGCACCAGCACCAGCAGCAGCAGCAGCCGCCGCCGCCCAGACUGGCUCCCUCCACCAACGCCUCGUCCUUCGGAAGCAAACCUUGCCAUCACAACCACAUUCAGCCGCAAGGUCAAUAUUAUCCAGCCUCGCCGCCCACUCAGCCGCUACACUGCAUUCGCGAGCAUUCCGCGGCCGCCAUUGACCGCCAGCCGCUGCCGCCUCAUGACCCGGACGACCUUCCGUACCGCGCCUCUUGUGCUUCCUCCAACCACAACCUAAACACCACCCUCGCUGCCCGCAUCGCCCAAGCCUCGCUCCCGACGCAGCACUCGCAGCAAUCACCGAGCACACCCACCGCCGCCUCCGUUCAUCACCAUCAGCAGCAGCAGGCUCCGCCACGUUCUCCAGCGCCCACGCGGCGCAAGAGCUCACAGUCGAGGAGCACUACCCUCCCUGCCGCCCCUUCGACGCUGGCCGUUGGCCGCGACUACAGCAACACAACCAUGCCGCCCACGCGAAAGGUCUGGGUCAAGCGACAGGAUGCCUCGCCGACGACCGUCACCAUUAACGAUGAUGAUCUUGUCGACGACGUCCGCGACACGGUCCUGCGAAAAUACGCAAACUCCCUAGGCAGGACCUUUGAUUCCCCUGACAUCAACAUCCGCCUCUGCCCCCGCGAUAGACAGCGCGACCGUAUCCUCGGCCCGGACGAAGUAAUGUCCCGACUCAUCGAAUCGUAUUACCCCGGCGGCCAAACAAUGGACGAGGCCCUUAUCAUCGACAUCCCGCGACGCACGCCAAAAGCUUCGCCUCGAUACGUCCAAGCUCCCCACGCCGCGGCCGCCAACUACUACGAGGACGAAAACCGGCCGUCGGAAAAUGGCGAAGGCUACUUCCCACCAUUUCAAGGCAUGCCGUCACCGCAUGCCCCCUUAGCAGUACCUGGUGCACCCAACGGCGGGCCUCCACACUCUAUAUCAGUCAUAGGCACCGGCCACAUUCCGUUGAUCCCCUCGCCGGGAUCUAGCAUGCGUCCUACUCGCCACCAUCGCGGGGAUCGUCCUCGACUAGGCAGAACGCAUACAUCUGCAUCGGUCAUCCUAUCCGGCGGAGGUGUUGCCAACAACGGUAUACCUUUUCGCCCGCGACCGCCGCAUUCACGUACUCAUUCGAAUUCCUCAGAAGCUCCGCUGCACGGCCAGAUCCCCGGAGCCCUCAACAUGGUCAACCUGCCCAAGUCGCCUGCUCCAGAACACGUGCAGCCCAUACAUGUCGACACGCCGCCUGCGAGGACGUCGUCGCCACGCGCACCAACUAGCCGCAUCAAGAAGAGCAAGAAGUCUGUCGAAUAUGGAGGUUCCAACACACCAGGCCCCCUCAACAGCACAGUCCCUCCCAUCAACGUCUUGAUUGUGGAAGAUAACCCCAUUAACCUGAGGCUUCUCGAGGCUUUUGUUAAGAGAUUAAAAGUGCGAUGGCAGACGGCAAUGAAUGGGCGUGACGCGGUGAAGAAAUGGAGAACAGGCGGCUUUCACUUGGUGCUGAUGGAUAUCCAGCUUCCCGGCAUGAACGGCCUGGACGCCACGCGUGAGAUUCGCCGUCUGGAAAGGGUCAAUUCCAUCGGCGUCUUUUCUUCGACACCGAGCACACCGCAAGAGGAGCUGACAUUAGAGCUACUCGAACAAGACAGACUCGCAGAUCGCUCGUUAUUCAAGGGCCCUGUCAUCAUUGUGGCCCUGACGGCCAGUUCGCUACAAAGUGACAGACACGAAGCGCUCGCAGCAGGCUGCAACGACUUCUUGACCAAGCCUGUCAACUUUGGCUGGCUGGAACGCAAGGUUAUGGAAUGGGGAUGCAUGCAGGCCCUUAUUGACUUUAGUGGCUGGAGACGGUGGAAGGACAUUGCACUGGAGGCGGAAGAAAAGGAAGCAAAAGCAAAGGCUGCAGCAAAGGCAGCCAAGAGCAAAAAGGCGCGAUCAUCUUUGGCCGCAGCAGCCAGCUAGAGAGAGAGAGGCCCCGACUGUAUCGGUAUCUUCUUUUUUUUAAUCAAUUCUCUUUGUUUGUAUGUUGGGAGUAGGGUUAGCAGGAUGACGAGGAGGAUUACUUGUACACUCUGCUCGAGGGACGAAACACGAGCUGUAUAUUGAUAGGCAUCAGGACUUGUGCAAGGCCCCCGAGUACAUGAAGGGGAGUCUAGCCGCUGGUUAUAAAAUAUACCCCCCAAAUUCUAACCUACUAGAUGGGCUCUCUGUACUUUCUCGUAAAGCUCCCUGCCAUAGAAGUAUUUUGAUUUAUUUUAACAUGAACCAUUUGUUC